UCUCAAAACCCUUCCAAAAACCCUCCGCAGCCGCAAAAAAGUCCUCAUAACACCAACUCCUCACCUCUCUCUCUCUCUCUCUCUCUCCACCGAAAACCCCGUCACCUCCACAACAAAAAGCGGGGGAAGAAGACGACGACGAAGGGGGUUUCGCCUCCUCCAAAACCCUAACCAUCCCAAUCUCCUCUCUCUUUACCCUAAUUUCCCUUCUCCGAAAGGGGUUAGGAACCUCUCCACCCCCUCGCGAUGGGAUCGCCGUCGCCGCCGCCGCCCCUAGGCCUCGCCUCCGUCCUCCCCCCGAAGGAGGCGGAGGAGAAGAAGGAGAAGAAGGUCGACUACUUGAACCUCCCCUGCCCCGUGCCCUUCGAAGAGAUCCAGCGAGAGGCAUUGAUGUCUUUGAAGCCUGAGCUUUUCGAAGGAUUACGUUUUGACUUCACAAAGGGGCUAAAUCACAAGUUCUCUCUCAGUCACAGCGUUUUCAUGGGUUCCAUGGAACUUCCCUCUCAAUCAUCGGACACUCUCAAAGUACCUACCGCGCAUUAUGAAUUUGGUGCCAAUUAUCUGGAUCCAAAGUUGAUGCUUGUUGGAAGAAUACUGACUGAUGGAAGGCUGAAUGCACGGGUGAAAUGUGAUCUGACUGAUAACCUUACUAUGAAAAUAAAUGCACAGCUUACAAAUGAGCCACAUUACUCUCAAGGCAUGUUUAACUUCGAUUACAAGGGUAAAGAUUACAGGGCUCAAUUUCAAAUAGGAAACAAUGCCUUCUACGGGGCAAAUUAUAUCCAGAGUGUUACACCGCAUCUAUCCUUGGGCAGUGAAGUUUUCUGGCUUGGUCAUCAGAGGAAGUCUGGAAUUGGUUUUGCUGCACGUUACAAUACAGAUAAGAUGGUUGCUACUGGGCAAAUUGCGAGCACCGGAAUUGUUGCACUGAGUUAUGUUCAGAAAGUAUCUGAGAAGGUUUCCCUUGCAUCUGAUUUCAUGUACAAUCACAUGACGAGAGAUGUUACUUCAAGUUUUGGCUAUGACUACAUCCUUAGACAGUGCCGUCUAAGGGGUAAACUUGAUUCAAACGGUGUUGUCGCUGCCUACCUGGAGGAGCGGUUGAAUAUGGGUGUCAACUUCAUUCUUUCUGCAGAAAUUGAUCAUCGGAAGAAAGACUACAAAUUUGGGUUUGGUAUGACUGUGGGGGAGUAACGUUGUUUUCGACAAUUUUCCAUAAGAUAUGCUUAGGGUGGCUUGUGCUGGUUUUCCGCUCGAGCCUCGUUAGCUUUACGACUUCCUGGCCCUAGAAUUCCUUAGUGGCACCUCAUCCUUCGGGAGGCGAGUUCUUUAGAUAGAAAACCGGCACUUCCAUUUUUAUAUUGAUAUUUGCAGGUUCAUUUCCAAAUAUGGCUUUUGGAGACCAUCAGAUAAUAUGUGGCACUUAGUGCCAUGAUUCUUUGUUCAUCUCUCUUUUGAUGGAACAAGUCUUAUGGCGGCUGAUCGUGAAUAUCAGUUUUUCCGAAUUUCUUUUUCUUGAGAUAUAUUCUGAAUCACUUGUGUCGGAGGGUAACUUGUUUAAGCCAACGAAAAAGAAACAUUGUUAUACAUUUUUAACAUUAGCUGUUGUAUGAGUUUGGUUUAUUUGCGCAGGUUGAUGUUGUUUUCAAGAAUCAUGAUACUGCUGCAUCGAGUGUUUUACAUGAGAUUUUGCUUUCUUUAAUUUGUAUUA